CAGUUUCCCAUCGACCAUUGCGAGCGCCUCCACAGAAUGAACCAUCUGCUCGUUGCUCAUGUUUCUGUGGUUACACAGUGACAUUAAAGUUGAUAAACCUGAUGUUUCACAUGCAUCACGAGGUUGCUAUAAUUACCUCACGCUGCCUGACUUCACCUCUCUGGAUCUGCUGACAGGACAGUCUCACUUCCUUCCUCACUUCCUUUCUCUGACGGGACAGGUCUCCUCUCCCUGGUGCACAGAGGAGAGAUCAUGCCAGCUUGUUGUUGUAUCUGAAGAUCGGUGUUUGCUGUGAGAGCUGUGUGUGUGUGUGACAGUGAAGGCUGGAGUCACGAUGGAGGGUCCGAGCACUGCGAGCAGAGCUGCAGCGACCUGCGUCCUCCUGACGCUGUGUCUCGGCUGUUUGCACGUGAUCGCCCUCAGAUCCAAACUUUUCACCAGGCAUGGAGGGUUACCUUCCUCCCCUGAGCCUCCCAUCAGCUAUGAGACUUUUUAUUAUGACCAGAGGAUUGAUCAUUUUGGAUUCCUGGAAGACGGCACCUUCAAACAGAGAUACCUCGUGUCUGCCAAACAGUGGAAGCAGCCUGGAGGGCCCAUUUUGUUCUACACUGGCAAUGAAGGCGACAUCACCUGGUUCUGCAACAACACUGGAUUCAUGUGGGAAGUGGCAGAGGAGUUGGGCGCCAUGCUGGUUUUUGCAGAACAUCGUUACUAUGGAGAGUCGCUACCAUUUGGACAAGACUCUUACAGUGACAGCAAACACCUGAACUACCUGACCUCAGAGCAGGCUCUGGCAGAUUUUGCAGUACUGAUUAAGAGCCUGAAGAAGACUCUACCUGGAGCUCAGCACAGCCCGGUCAUCGCUGUGGGAGGGUCCUAUGGAGGGAUGCUCUCUGCCUGGUUCAGGAUGAAAUACCCCAAUAUAGUUGUUGGGGCUCUGGCAGCCUCUGCACCAAUAUGGCCGUUCCCUGGUAUGGUACCAUGUGGGGACUUCUACAAAGUAGUGACACAGGACUUUGCCAGAAGUGGGCUCAACUGUGAUUCAAACAUCAGAAAGUCGUGGAAAGCGAUCAAUAAUGUUUCCUCCAGUGCGUCUGGUCUUCAGUGGCUGUCAGAAGAAUUCAGUCUGUGUUCUCCUCUUAAGAACCAAAACGACAUUGGCAGCUUCAAGAGCUGGCUUCAGGAGACGUGGGUGAAUCUGGCCAUGGUGGACUAUCCCUAUGAAGCCAAUUUCCUUCAGCCACUCCCUCGCUGGCCGAUCCAGGUGGUGUGCAAGAAUCUUGCUUUCGAUUCCCCUGUGCCUGACCACAAGCUGCUGCACGGCGUCUCCCAAGCAGCAAAGGUGUACUACAACUUCACAGGAAGCGCCUCCUGUCUCAACACAUCUCAGACCGCCACCAGCAGCCUGGGAAUGCUCGGCUGGUUUUACCAGGCCUGCACAGAGAUGGUGAUGCCCAUGUGCACAGAUGGCGUCCAGGACAUGUUUGAACCUGAGGAAUGGAACUUCCAGGCCUUCUCUGACGAGUGUAACGGCAUGUUCGGUGUCAGGCCACGAGCAGACUGGGCCGGCAUUGUGUAUGGUGGGAAGGACAUCGCCUCUCACAGCAACAUCAUCUUCAGUAAUGGAGGACUUGACCCUUGGUCGGCUGGUGGAGUGACUCACAACAUAACAGAUUCUCUGGUUUCUAUUAUGAUUCCUGAUGGAGCACAUCACCUGGACCUCCGCUACAGCAACGACCAUGACCCUCCUUCAGUGCGCCAAGCCCGCGCGUUAGAGGUGAAGUAUUUUCGAGAGUGGAUCAAGCAGGCCAAAAAGAAACCGCAUCCUGCAUAAACACCCGAGACUCUAACGGCAAGGCAGUGUGACACAAUCAGAAGAAGCACAGCAGUCAGGAUUUCUAGCUUUAAUUCACGUUGUGAGAUAUUUCACUGGGUGAAAGGGUCGUGAUGCCAAAGUUUAAUGAAGGGAUGAUUUUAAAUGAUUACAAUGGGACAUUUUUGUUUUUAUAAAUUUAACAUUGUGCUUGAUUUUAAUCACUUUAAUCUAAAUUGUGUAGCCAUGCUGCAGACAGACACUCCUUUUCUUUUGCCAAUACAACUUUCCAGGAGCUUGGAGAAAUUGAAAUGAUGUCCAAGGGCCUCUUUGCCUUAAAGUCAGGGAACAUUUGAGUCAUUCACUUCUUCUCAUUUCAUUUUUGUCAUUUAGAGUCAUCAUUACAUACAGGAACCUUGUGUGUUUUUGCUGUCAGUCUUAUUGAUAUUCUUGUUGCCAUUCAGGUGAUUUUCUUCUUUAAAUGAAGUGAAUAUUGUGAUACACGCACAAAAGUCUCAGGAAAAGGAUUUAACACCAAGUGUAUAUUUAAAAAAAAAUCUAAUAUUACAAUAAUGAGCUUGAUUUAUUAUUGUGCUGAGAUGAACAGUGCCUUCAUCACUUUUUACAAUUUCUAUUAAGGUCUUAUUCAUCUUUAUUUAAUUUGCUGUAAUUCCCAAGAUCCCUGUCUUCCAGUCAAACUGAUUAAAAAAAUCAAAAAAUGUCAUCAAA